AUGGAACUUGAGAACGUUGAUUCUGAGGACAAAGAGACGUUAAGCUGGGAUAUUAAUGAUAUGAAACUGCCACAGAAUGUGAAAAAGACGGACUGGUUCCAGGAAUGGCCAGAUGCCUACGAGAAGCACAUCUACAGCUCGGAGGACAGGAAUGCGCAGCGGCACAUGAGCAGCUGGGCCAUGCGCAACACCAACAAUCACAACUCCCGCAUCCUCAAGAAGUCCUGCCUGGGCGUGGUGGUCUGCAGCCGCGACUGCCUAGUCGCUGAGGGCCGCAAGGUCUACCUGAGGCCUGCCAUCUGCGACAAGGCCCGGCAGAAGCAGCAGAGGAAACACUGUCCCAACUGCGAUGGGCCCUUGAAGCUCAUUCCCUGCCGAGGCCACGGGGGCUUUCCUGUCACUAACUUCUGGAGGCACGACGGACGCUUCAUAUUUUUCCAGUCAAAGGGAGAGCAUGACCAUCCAAAGCCAGAAACCAAAUUGGAAGCUGAGGCCAGAAGAGCAAUGAAGAAAACGCAUUCUGCCUCUUCCUCUGUCUCCUCGAAGAUGAAACAGGGCCCACAGAUAAAGCCUCUUCCAGGUGCAACACAAAGUUGGGAAAGUUUAACUUGGUCUUUCCAGGAAGGUGUCCAAUUGCCUAGUAGUUACAGUGGACAUUUAAUAGGUAACGCUCCCCAGCAGAAGGCCCUGAAUGAUGGCUCAUCCUUCUCUGAGAGUUAUGCUUUGGGGAGAACCUCUGACCCCAGAGACUCCACUCCCACCUUGGGCCCCACUCAGCUCUACGAGAAACGCGAUUUGUCCAAUAGUCGGGUCUCCAGCAGCCAGGACCUGCUUCAGCCUCCUGUCUCUGGAGUCUUCUCUGAUUACAGUGAUCUGCAAACAUGGAAUAAGAAUGUUGCUUUGGGGAGAAAUCCUUCCAAUGACAACAGUUGUCCCAGUUACCCUUUUCCUCUGACCAACUGGCCUUACGACUUCUCCCCUUCCCAGAGCUCUUCAGAACCCUUUCUCCAGCAGAUUCCCAUGGAAUCACCAGCAGCCAAAACUAGCUGUCACUCCUUCUGGCCAAAUCAAGGUGGUGAACUUUAUGAAGAGAAGGUGCAUGUGGAUUUUAACAGCUACCACCCUUCCACCACUUGCCAUUCACCUCAGGAAGACCCCUUACUCCUCACCUACACCUCUCAGCCCCAUCAUCAAUAUUCUCUGACUGGCAAGAGCAGCAAAUGGGAUUUUGAUGAAGAAAUGAGGUACAUGGGUUUGGAUCACUGCAACAACGAAAUGCUUCUAAACCUCUGUCCUUUAAGAUGA